AUGGUUGCGUCCUUUUCCCUACAAUUAUGCGAUAGCCUGGAUAAUGGUCAUCGCUUGUCGGCACUCAAGAGGAUUUGUCGAGCUGAUAAAAUCGCACAUGAUUGUAUCUAUCUUCGCUCAAAUACCAGCUUUAUUAAUGUUAUGACAAAGCGACGCUUUCGCGAGUUAGGGUAUGUUCUUCGUCGUCCACCACAGGAGUUGACGCAUAUUUCGCUACUUGCUGAACCCCGUGAUGGUUGGCAAAAGCGAGGAGGACCUAUCAAGACCUGGACUGGUACAGUCAGGAAAGAUUUUGAAUACAUCGGUGGGAGCAGCGAUAUAUGGACUUAG